AAGUUUCAGCGCCUUAACGUUUCUACUUCCGGUUCACUUGAAGUAGCAACAUCUAUUUACUCAUCCAGGACUUGCUGUUCUUUUUGUGUUCCCUUCUCCUAACCAAACGAGCGCCUUCAAAACAUUCUCAUCGGAUGCGACAAAUUACUACUAAGUGAACGCCAACGCAAACCCAGACAUCCAAGUCAAUGAGGAGAGGAAAUUCAGGUCACGACGAACAACUGCAAAAGAAAAUGAGGUGUCCCGCCGAUGUCACUGUAGAAGAUCUUCACCAUGAGAAGCAUGAUCUCCUCCAUGUUAAACAGGAAGAGGAGUCUGAGAUGCCGUACAUCAAACAGGAGGCAGAGCCAGAGACCCCCGACAUGAAAGAAGAAGACCAGGAAGCUGAAAUCUCGCAAUUUCCAUUGACUGUCAUUUUGAAGAGCGAAGAAGACGAAAGUCCAAGCGAAGAGACAGGAGCAGCGAACCCCUCGAGCGACAGCUCAUUUAAGCACUUGACAACAAAAGGAGAGGAAGGAACGCAACCGGACAGCCUCUUAGCUCCGCUUUCGGACAGCGACGACAUAACGUCACAUUCUUCUGACUUUAAUACUGGUGAGGAGGAUGAUGACUUAAACCAAAAUGAUUCAAAAUCUUUAAACAGGUCAUCAUUGAAAAGAGGCACAAAGGAAUACGCGAUUGGUAAACGUUAUCCCUGCUCAAUCUGUGAUAAAACAUUUUCUUCGAAACAUUAUCUAAAAGCACACAUGCGUACACACACCGGGGAGAAGCCUUUUCUCUGCACAUCUUGUGGUAAACAAUUCACUCAGAAGAGAGAUUUAAAGAAACACACACACAGCCACACUGGAAAGAAGCCUUUCGCCUGCACACUCUGCGAUAAAAGAUUCACUCAGAAGACUGAUUUAGAAAGGCAUAAGCGUACACACACUGGAGAGAAGCCUUUUGCCUGCUCAUUUUGUGGUAAAAGAUACGCUCAAAAAGGAACUUUAGUAACGCACGAACGCACACACACUGGAGAGAAGCCUUUCGCCUGCACACUUUGUGAUAAAAGAUUUUCCCAGCAGACUCAUUUAAAAAUACAUAAGCGCACACACACUGGAGAAAAACCUUACGCAUGCUCACUUUGUGGUAAAAGAUACACUCAGAAGACUGAUUUAGUAAGACAUAAGCGCACACACACUGGAGAAAAGCCUUUUCCAUGCACACUUUGUGGUAAAGGAUUCGCUAAGAAAAGAACUUUAGUAACGCACGCAAGAAGCCACACUGGCUAAAAAAAAAACUUUAAAUUUCAGCGUUUGACAAAAUAUUCCUGCCAUGCAUUUUGUGAAAGAAUAUUUUAUUAAUGCUUAUAAAAACACAAACUUUAAAGCGGAAAUUUGAACUAAGGUUGGCCAACCAUGUUUUUGAAUAAUAUCAAUGGCUAAACAAUUAUAAGCAUAUUUUCAUUAUUUUUUUUAACGCAACCCUUCCAGGUUCUUUGUUUAACCCAUAGCAACGCCCUUGACAACGAAAAUGCUUUUCUUCGGCAAUCUUCGGAAAUUAUGUCACACCGGGAAGUGCGAGGGAAGUGCGCCAUAGAACAAUAUUGUUUGUUGCAUUGCUUCUCGGUAAGAUACUACUGCGGUGUGUGGCGAUGUUUUGUUCUCACUCAAACGAAAAUUUGUAUGAGUGGCCAUAGGAUAGCAGGGCACGUAAAUGGACAUCUUUCGUUCGCACGAAGCGAAUGAAUUUCACGCCAUCAUCGUGUAGUGUUCCCUGGUGCAAACACUUCGAAGAUGCCUGCUUCCUUAACCGGUCUGCUUAUGAUCAAGGAUUUGCCAAAAAGUAAGUGUGAUUUUUGGAUAGAUGACUGAUGACUUUGUCAAAGCAGAGCUGCCAACUGUUGUGGAAUGAACAGUAUAAGAUAGCGACGUUAGCCGAAAGUUAACUCGUGGCAAUCCCCGAUCAUAGUUGUUGUUGCGUUCGCUAGGUUAAGCGUGUUUAAAUUGUGCGUCAUCUACGAUCUUGUCCGAAAGGUUUAAUCCACUGUCAAUCGGGAAAGAGGUGUGGAUAUGCAUAUAUGCGGGUCGGCGUCGCGGUAAUUCACGGUCACGUUGCCGUAAGAGACACACACCGCCGGUGAGUUUGUGCACAUUUAUUUGUAUUUGUAUUAUGUAUUUCCACCUUCAUGCUUCAAGCAUUGCAUUGCAUUUGUACGGUUCGGCGUUUCUUUCACGGUGAUCGCUUGAUAACCUUCUAGUUUGUGUUUUAUGUACGAGAGCCGCUGACAGGUGACAACAACAAGCGUGUUGGUUUUAAUGUCUGGCAGCGAAUCAGCGAGCGCGCAGGCCACGCAGUGAAUCAUGGGAAAUGUAGUCUCGGGACAAAACUGAUGUGGUGCUUUGUAAUCUGUUCGCUUGUGUGAAAAAACAUUUCCUCACGCCAUUAGACGCCACUUCCUGCCGAUAGCCACAAGCUGUGUUCGUACUGUUAGCUCCAUGUGUUAAUGAAGAAACAAAGUUGUCAGCACGUUGUGUGUUUGAUGCAUUUGUACACAAAAAGCUCAUAACAAGACACUAUGCACGAUCCAUUUAAGAGAUGCUGAAGUAGUAGGAGGCGAGGAGGAGAUCAGCGAGAAGCAAAACUUCGCGGUCAAAUGUGGCGGCAGUCCGCUAUUAUUUUGUUUUCUUAUUGUUGCCACAAUAAAGUGGAGAAAGCCAUCAACGACUCAUCUCCUUCUUUCCCCCCAACGUUUUUAUAUUAUUAUUUUAUAUGCAUGAGAGCUGCCGGAUCUGCCAAAAUGAAUAUGCAGUCUGAUUAUAUUAUUUUUUUUAACAAUGUCAUCCGAUAGACAAAAACAUAAAAUUAUGUGCAAAUGCCUGCAUCUUCAAAUCAUGAAAAUAAUAACAGCCUAUAGCUUACCAAUCUUGUAAUCUCGAUGGGUCUUGUAUCCAUUCCAUGUCAGGUAGUCUAGGCACAUUGUUUGCAUCCUGGUUAGCGUCUGGCUAAUACAUGUUUGGUCCAACAUAAAAUUCCAAGCUCCUCUUCUUCCUCCAACUCCUCAUAAACUUGGAUCUCCUCCCUUGCGCUCGAUCUAUCGCUUAUAUCGCUGUUUGAAUCAUUGUUUGAAGGGCUUUGUAUGGCGGCCGUAUGUAUGGAACUGCCAUCGCUGUUCCCGGUGUGACGUAUCACGUAUCACUACUUGCUGUCUUUAAUAUCUCCUGCCCUUUUUGUUCAUUACUGUUAGCUCGGUGGUCACUCAUGAGCACAGGUGUACAUUUGUGUGUUCAGUCUCCGUGAGACCUCAUGAAGCGUGUCGACACAGUGACACACGGUGUUGACACAGUGAGGAUACUGUGUCAUUGAAUACUGACACCUGCUGGACAUAAAAAAUCCCUACAGGCAACCCACUUGACAGACUGACACUGAAUUGAUGACAUAGUAAAAUCAUUUAAGUCUUUGCAUUCGUUUUGCAUUAUUCCAUAUCU